AUGGCAUUGCCUAACAGUCAAGACAACUGGUGUGAAAAAGACAUAGCACAGCUACUAGCAAGCAUGGAGAAUAACCUUCCACCCAAAGACAACCACACAUUCAAAACAACCCAGUCACUGAUGGACUGGGAAAAAGUAGCUUUUAAAGAUUUUUCUGGAGAAAUGUGCAAACUCAAAUGGUUAGAAAUUUCGUAUAAAUUGAGAAAGGUUCGCACUUUGAAAGAAUUAGUCCUGGAAGUGAAAGAACAUGUUAAAAAUUCCUACAAAAGCAAAAAGUACAAGGUUCAUCCUGAUUUACCCAAGAAGCCCCUGCCUCCCUACCUCCGCUUCUUCAAGGAGAAGCGGCUCCUGUACGCCCAAAAGCACCCCAACCUCAGGAAACAGGAGCUGACCAAGGUCUUGUCGGAGAAAUAUAAGAGACUCCCAGAGCAGAUGAGGUUGAAAUAUUUUCAAGAUUUUCAGAAGGAGAAACAGGAGUUUAAGGAGAAGCUGGCUCAAUUUAGGAAGGACCACCCUGAUCUAGUCCAGAACUCCAAGACAUCUCUUGUCCACAAAAGGAGCCCAACCAAAGCCCCAAAAAAGUUUGGGGAAAAUAUGAAAAAAGUGAAGUCUCCCCAAGAAGACUACUUUUCUGAGUUGAAAUUCUAUGGAGAGCCCAAGAAGCCCCCAAUGAACGCAUACCACAAGUUCCACGAGGAUGUGUGGUCCAGUGGGGAGCUGCAAGGCCUGCCCCCGAGGGAGCGCAUGGUGGAGAUUGGCAGACGCUGGCAGCGCAUCCCACCCAGCCGGAAGGAGCAGUAUAAGAAGCAGGCUGAGGAGCUGCAGAAACAGUACAAGGUGGACCUGGAUCACUGGCUCAAGAGUCUGUCUCCUGAAGACUAUGCUACUUACAGAGAGAGAACCUGUGCUAAGCGUAAGAACAUGAUCAUGAAUGGAGGCCCAGACCCCAAGAUCAUCAGGACAGAGGUGCAGUCUCCAUCAGCAAGGACUCUGCAAGAAGGCCUUGCACAGGAGCAGGGGCUGCAGGCUCCAGAGACAGAAUCACCAGAGACUAUUGGGGACCAUGCUCAUGCCUCAUGUGGAUCAGAAGAAAAUAAGGAAGAAGGGGAAAAAGCAGAAGGCAAUAGCCCCUCAAACUCCAACAACUGGGAUAAAGAUGAAGAAAGUGAGGACAGCAGCUCCAGUUCAUCUUCCCUGGGAGACGCCUGUGGCUCAGAUUCCCACUGA